ACUACAACCCUGCCUCUGAUGCCACGUUUCUACAGCUAUGCUGCCCUUUGCCCUGUGCCUGCUGCUAUUCCUGGCAUACCCCCUUUCAUCCUCCUCUCUGGGCACCUUGGAGUUACACAUCGAUGAGGAGCAGCCGGCAGGAACAAUCAUUGGGGACAUUAGUGCCGGCCUUCCUCCAGAAUCCAGUGGGCAUAUGUUUAUCAUAUCAGCUCUGGAGGGCAGUGGAGUAAACAGUGACCUGGACAUAGAUGAGCGUACAGGCAUCAUUAAGACAGCAAGGGUGUUGGACAGAGAGCAGCGCAAACUCUACAGCUUCAUAGCAGUUACUCUAGAAGGUAUUACAGUAGAGGUCGAUAUCCAUGUAGAUGAUAUCAAUGACCAUGCUCCUGUCUUUGCAAAAGAACGGACUGAGCUUGGCAUUCCGGAGCAUACUCCCGUGGGCACCCGCUACCCGCUAGAGCCUGCUGUGGAUGCUGACAGUGGAGUACUUGGUACUCAGGGUUAUCUAAUCCGUAGUGGGGACCCAUUGCAGGCCUUUCGUUUAGAAACCCGUGCUUUGUCCAAUGGAAUCCUCUCUGUGGAGCUGGUAGUGAGUGCAGAGUUGGACCGUGAGAACUGUUCAUCUUAUUCAUUGACCCUUGAAGCCUAUGAUGGGGGUUCUCCUAGUCGCAGUAGUCAGAUGACACUGGAUGUGGCCAUUCUAGACAUUAAUGACCAUCCACCAGUGUUUAACCAAAGCCGCUACCAGGCCCUCAUAUCAGAGAGUCUUCAUCCGGGGUCCAGUGUUUUACAAGUCUAUGCAACUGAUGCCGACCAGGGUUCUAAUGGAGAAAUCACAUAUGAGAUCAAUCGCAGACAAAGUGACCCUGAGGGCUUCUUUACUAUCCACCCAAAAUCUGGUCUUAUUCAGCUGAGCAAGCCACUGGACUAUGAGACAAGGAAAGCCCAUGAGCUUGUAGUCCAAGCACGAGAUGGAGCAAGUCAGCCAGAAGUAGGAACAGCAUUUGUAUCAAUCCAAGUCAGAGACUCUAAUGACAACCAGCCCAGUAUGACAAUUAUUUUCUUAAGUGAGGAUGGGGCUCCACGGGUGUCUGAAGGGGCCACACCAGGGCAGUAUGUGGCCCGUAUCUCUGUUUCUGACCCUGAUUAUGGGGAGUAUCCUCAUGUGGAUGUAACUUUGGAGGGAGGUGAGGGGAAGUUUGCAUUAACUACCAAAGACAGUAUCAUCUACCUCAUAUGUGUGGACAAGCUUCUGGACCGUGAGGAACAAGACUCAUACCGUCUACGGGUGAUGGCCACUGAUUCAGGGACACCUCCCUUAAGAGCAGAGUCUUCUUUUGUUCUGGAGGUCACAGAUGUAAACGAUAAUCCACCAGUAUUUGAUAAACAGGAGUAUAGUCACAUAGUGCCUGAGGCCGUCCAUCCUGGGAGCUUCUUGCUACAAGUCACAGCGCGAGAUAAAGACCAAGGAUUAAAUGGUGAGGUUAAGUACAGUCUGCUGCCAACCCCUUGGUUCCUUAUCCACCCAGACACUGGUGUAAUCACCACAGCAGCACCACUGGAUUAUGAACGUGAUCCCCAGCCAAGGGUGACAGUUGUGGCAUCAGAUCUGGGUCAACCACCAUUGUCUGCCACGGCCCUGGUUACAGUACAGCUGCUGGAUUUGAAUGAUAAUGAGCCUGUGUUCUCCAGCCCCAUAUAUAAUGCCACACUAAGUGAGAGUACUGCGCCCGGCAGCUGCUUCCUGAAG